AUGAUGGAAGCCCUUGUAAAUGCUGGAGCCCAUGUGCCCAAAGUUCGUCAUCUCUGUGAAGAUUCAAGCAUGGUUGGCAACCCCUUCUAUCUGAUGGAAUACUGCCCAGGCCGCAUCCACAAAGACCCCUCUCCGCCAGGCUUGGAGCCCAGCCAGAGGUGGGCCAUGUACACUGCCAUGAACAGAGUCUUGUGCAAGAUUCACAGUGUGGACCUCAAGGCUGCAGGCCUGGAAGACAAUGGGAAACAUGGGCAAGCAAGCUCGGCGACUGUGAAACAAACUGGAAAGCUGACUGAAUUCAUGUGUAACCUGGCAUGGGAUUUUCCAGUCAAAGAGGGGUUCAAGGUUUUCAAGGAGAUGCUGGCCACCAAACCAUUAAUGGGGUCCCACUACUCAUGGUCCAGGCCACAGUCCCUGCUGAGGACCCCAGGCACGAGGAGUUAUGUCACCUCCACAGACUCUUCUCCAGCUCGUGCCUCAAAGGGAGCUCUGAUCUUCUCUCCAGAAGGCCUUUCCCCCCAAGUCAGGGAGCUGUAUCAGCGGCUGAAGGAGUUUAUGGAGCGACACGUGUACCCCGCUGAGCCAGAGCUGCAGCGUCACCAGGCAUCGGCUGAGAGGUGGACCCCCUCCCCGCUGGUCGAAGAUCUCAAGGAGAAAGCCAAGGCCGAAGGACUUUGGAACCUUUUCCUACCCCUGGAAACUGAUCCCGAGAAGAAAUACGGAGCAGGGCUGACCAAUGUGGAAUCUUUAACUGUUCUGCUCCAGACACGGGGAACAUGGAGCUUCUGGUUCGAUAUGGCACCGAGGAGCAGAAGGCCCGCUGGUUGA